GUGAUACGUACGAUGGACUUUGGUUUUUGAUCAGAUUGAUUUGGUUGUUUCCUUCAUUCAUAUAAUUUCAAAGCCAAAGCGCACAAAUUAUAAUUCUAACGAACACGUUCAACGUGUCUGUCGUGUCCAUACUAUCAACUGUAAUAUAUUUAUUUUAUUCGUUGGCAGAUAACCAAUACAAAGUCCAGUCCAAGUUUAGCUCUUCCACAAAACUUCUGCAAAAUGAACCCGUUAACUCAGAUUGCUCGUGCCAGCCGCCCCAUUUGCAGGACAUUGUCAACCACUGCACCAGUAACAGCAGCCAAAUCUAUUCCUACUACUGGCUUCUGCUUCGAGCUGUCAGAAGAACAGAAAGCCCUGCAAGACUUGGCCCGCAAGUUUACAAAGGAUGAGAUUAUUCCCGUCGCGGCCCAGUACGACAAGUCCGGGGAGUACCCCUGGCCCAUCGUCAAGAAGGCAUGGAGCCUCGGACUCAUGAACGCCCACAUUCCUGAACAUUGCGGGGGUAUGGGAACCCUGGGAGUGUUCGAAGAGGGCAUCAUAGCUGAGGAAUUCGGAUUCGGGUGUACGGGUAUUACGACAGCUCUCGACGGCUCCAACCUGGGACAAGCGCCCGUCAUCCUGGGUGGCAACAAGGAACAACAGAAGAAGUAUCUCGGAAGACUCAUUGAUGAACCUCUGGUUGCUGCGUACUGUGUUACUGAGCCGGUGGCCGGGUCCGAUGUGGCCGGCAUCAAGACCAAAGCCGAGAAGAAGGGUGACGAGUGGAUCCUUAACGGACAGAAGAUGUGGAUUACCAACGGAGGCGUUGCUAACUGGUACUUCGUGUUGGCGCGAACCAACCCCGAUCCCAAGUGCCCCGCCAGCAAAGCCUUCACCGGCUUCAUCGUCGAGAAGGAUUGGCCCGGAGUCACCCCUGGCCGCAAGGAAAUGAACAUGGGCCAACGUGCGUCUGAUACGCGUGGCAUCACGUUCGAGGACGUGAGGAUCCCGAAAGAGAACGUGUUAAUCGGCGAGGGAGCCGGUUUCAAGAUCGCCAUGGGCACCUUCGACAAGACUCGCCCCCCGGUGGCCGCCGGCGCAACGGGUUUGGCUCGCCGCGCGCUGGAUGAAGCGACGAAGUACUCCCUAGAACGGAAGACGUUCGGAGUCCCCAUCGCUAGGCACCAGGCCAUCGCGUUUAUGUUGGCAGACAUGGCAAUUGGCGUCGAGACCGCGCGCCUUGCCUGGCAAAUGGCUGCCUGGCAGGUUGACCAUGGACAAAAGAACACGGUGCUCGCUUCAGUCGCUAAGUGCCACGCGUCGGAGAUUGCCAACAAGGCAGCCACCGAUGCCGUUCAGAUCUUUGGAGGAAACGGCUUCAACACCGAGUACCCCGUCGAGAAACUCAUGAGGGACGCCAAGAUCUACCAGAUCUAUGAAGGCACCUCCCAGAUCCAACGACUCAUUAUCUCCAGGGAACUCCUUACCAAUGCCGCGCAAUCCUGAAUAGUAAACGCAUCCGUUCUACACUAAUGGCCUAUGGCAUGACGAUAUGCCCCCUAUUUAUGGUCAAACAUUUAAUUAUAGGUUAAAAAUAAAUAAGAUCAGCGCGUAGUCUUAGCCUAGAAAGGUUUUUUCUAAUAAAAAAAGCUUAACACUAUUGCUGUAAAUACUGUUCAUUGCAUUUGGGUUUAUGAAGUUUAACAUUUUUGUCAAUCUGCGCCUUACGAUUUUAUAGGGAUAAAUUGAAUAUAAGCAUAUGUCAAUAUCCCAAAGAUUCAUUAAAACCGGUCAAGUGUUCAUUGUGUAGAACUGUUGUUGAAACGAACAAUUCUCAAAUAAUGAGUUUAGCUCUUGAUCCCUUUAGAUUUCAGAAGAGUUUUAUUGUUAUAUCAACGUAAGAAUACUAUGAAAGUUUUGAUGUAUAUGUAUUGUGUAUUCACUAACAUAUAUUUUACAUAAAUAAAUAUGUUUACAAAAAAUAUCUUA